AUGUCGGAACGUAAUUUGCCAAGGGAUAUUGAAGUGGAUCCCGAUGUCACUUCUUCAAAUGAUCAAGAAAGCAUACGCAGUGACUUAACCUCCUUAACGGAAUCGGUUUAUUCACAUGUUUAUGAAAAUGGUCGCACCUAUCAUGCCUACAGGCCGGGUCAAUAUGUUUUACCAAAUGAUGAGCUAGAACAGGACCGAUUAAACAUUCUUCACCAUAUCUUCAGGCUCUGUCUGGAUGGUGAACUUACUCACACCAAAUUAGAGAAUCCACAGAAAAUUCUCGAUGUCGGGACAGGGACGGGCAUUUGGGCGAUUGAAGUUGCGGAUGAGUUUCCCUCUGCGGAGGUGAUUGGAGUUGACCUAUCUCCAAUUCAACCUGGUUGGGUGCCACCAAACGUUCUUUUCAUUAUCGAUGAUGUGAACCAAGAGUGGACCUUCCCAUCAAAGUCAUUCGAUUUUAUUCACUUUCGAGGCAUGGGAGGCAGCGUGGAACAUUGGCCAAGUUUCUUACGACAAUGUUGGAAUCAUCUCAAGCCUGGUGGGCGAAUCGAAGUAGGAGAUGUUCGCCCUCGUAUCCAAUGUGACGACGACUCUUUUCCAACCGACUGUUAUCUACGAACAUGGGAGGCUGAGUUCUACCGUCUCGCGCAAAUUCAAGGUCGAAUGUGGGAUCUAGUACCAGAAAUGCGAGGGCUUUUGGAGGAUGCAGCAUUCGAAAACGUCCAAUACACACCAUAUGCUCUUCCCAUCGGCACAUGGCCUAAAGAUGCCAAUCUCAAGGAAAUAGGAAAGUAUUUCAGAGCGCAACUGGUCGAUAGUGCUGUUGAAGGCUACACUUUGGCUUUGUUCACCCGGUUCGGAGACUGGAAGCCUUCCGAGUGUCAGGUAAUGCUGGCGCAAGUUCGGAAUGAGCUAAAUUCCAAUAAGAUGCAUUUAUAUUGUCUUUUUGCCGUUUUCACAGCCCAGAAACCGCUUUCCUAG